AUGUCGGGAGUAUUGUCGACACCGCUGACGCCGUCGUACCGCAGCUCUGCCGCGCCGUACCGUGAGGCGCAUUUCGGCCAUGCUAGCGGUGCCUUACGCCCGCAUCGGGCCCCGCUUAACCGCGGCAUCCGUCGCACCGCGGAGUGCCCCUGUGCGGUGCGACUGUACCACAUGACGGGUCAAGACAUCGCUGCUCGCAGCGAGUACUGCAGCGUUGUCUUGGGAGCCCCUUCCGUGGGUAUCUCCCAAGGGGCGCAACCGGGAGCACUGUCACCACCACCCGGCGACCAAGCGGUGGCUGCGGCGGGUGCAGGGCCGUCGCUGGCGUCGACUGCCGGCGCUUCUGCCGCGGAGCGGCCUAUCGCGGUGCAGCUCGCCUGGGCGGACACCACCGUGUGGGAGGUCGCCUUGACAGCUCUCCGGGCGGUUCGAUCGAAGGCGGAUGCUGCGUACAAGUCCGACACUAAGCGUGCGGCGCGGCAGGCGAAUGGCGGCAUCACCGUGCCCGCCUCGGCCGCGCCGGGCCGACGGCAACAGGUGGCCGAGGAGGAUUACAGCGACAGCAAAGACGGUGAGGAAGAGGCGCCGUACUCGACUCCUCUCCCGCGCUACCAAGUGGAGCUGCUGACCGGCACAGUGAGCCCUGAAGGUCGGGCAUCGGUCUUGCCGCUCUGCAUGGUGAACUGUCGCCAAGUCGUCUAUGGUCAUCGGGCGUUGCUCCCCGUCCGCAGGGGCGACUGUGUGGACUACAACACAGCCCUGUAUGAGCUACCCUACAACCUUGGCGACCCGGUCUUUGUGACGUGCACCCGCACCCGGUGA